AUGCCACAUCCUGUAAUAUCGCUAAAGCCCAGUUAUAAUUCCAUUAUUAGAGGAUGUCCCGGGAUACCAGAAACUCUUCCAAGAAUGGAAUUUGAACUCAGAAUACGAUCAAAUGAUGGUAAACCAUUCAUAGUUGAGAAAAUACAGGUUUCAUUAGUUACUACAGAGGCUCUGGCAGGUUCCGGGCCAUCAUUUACUUCUAAAGGGAAGUUAGAAAUGGAGACAGUGAACUAUAAAAAGAAUAUAAGGGUGACUUCUAAAAGGAUAGUUGGCGUUGAUAUCCCUUUAACUAUCGCUAUUCCUGAUAAUAUUAAAGAAACCAAUUAUAACAAGUUCGGUCAAACUUAUACAGAGUUCCGAUGUAGGGUUCAAUACGUUCUACACAGACCUAAAGGUUCAAGCAAUGAUUAUGUACCUUUAUCAGAAACGCUGUCAACUAUAGUGAAUAUUGAAAAAUACAAUUUAAUAGCUUCACCACAGUUAUUCCCUCCAUUAACAAGAAAGGUACUUUCUCCCAACAAAAAAUUUGAAGUGCAAUACUGCAUCAAAACCCCAUGUUUAACUAUGGAAGAUGUCCUCGAUAUUGAAUUAGAGAUUCUGCCAAAUUUGGCAAAACUAUAUGGACCAUCAUAUUCACAAAAGUUGUUUAAUAAACGCCUGAAGCUGAAGAGUAUUGUUUUAGAGCUCAAGGAAUACCUAGAGGUUCAUGAUUCCAGGGUGGUGAGUAAGGAGCAUACCCUGGUGAGUGAACUCUAUCCAUUUAACAAUGUUAUCGGUGAUUCAGGGAUUAGUCUAUCUACCAGUUUAACUGUUUCCACAGGAAUUCCACUAUUCAGUAAAUUUCUGAAGUCAUUGGGCGAGCCGAUAUCUGCUACUAUAUCUGAAAUUCAGCCUAAUUUGGACGAUAAAUCUAUCCCGGAAGUUGUAAUACUUAAAAGUAAAAAUAGUAAGUCAAAGGAAUUGCAAACUCACUGCUCAAUAACAACCAGAGGACGUCUAUUCUCAAUCUCCCAUGGUUUAUCAAUGAAAUUUAAAAUAUCCAAUGGCAAAGAUUUUGAAAUAAAGCAACCAUUAGACAUAUCUCCGUGGUCUAAAGCUGACAUCAAUAUUGUUGAACAGUGUAUAAGAAAAGAACUUGGUGUUGCGAAAAAUGCACUUAAUUUUUAUAAUACUUUUGGUGGUAUCGGUUACAAUAAGAAAACAGGUAUUACCGAAUACCCUCCACUGCAUUGUGUUAUUUACAUGCCUGAUAAAGAGACAUUGAACGAUUUGGGUGUUUACUAUACUUCAGAACAUAAAAAUGCUCAAAGGAUACCAAUAAUUGAAUAA